AUGCUGAGAAAGCUGCGACGAAAACAGAAGCAAGACGCAGGACGACACAAUCAGCGACAAGAGAAAGAAGAAAUGGAACACGGAGAAAGGCGCAGCAAAGGCCGGCCCAGAAAAACGGGAAUCACAACAGCAGCACGUCGUAUUGAUUUUUCGACAUCACCAACACUCACUCUGCAACGAUGUCACGGAGACUUCCAUCUGCAUUUGAUUUCUAAACUGGCACCCCAUGCUCCUCCACAUGCCACCUGGCCAGGCCAAGCCCGAUUUCUAUUUACGACAACGGAGUCUAGGGAGGAUACGUGCCCAAAAUGUGCCAUGAAAGACGCUAACUACAACGGUCUGAAAAAUGUGUUGCGCCCGGGGCUAGAACUGGGGGCGACGGCCGCUGAGGUGGACGGGAAUGAGAUGUGA